AUGAUAUCCAAGAAAAGAAGAGAAUUUAUCGGACUUUCUGCACCAUUAGGAUAUGUUGCUGGUGUUGGUCGUGGAGCAACGGGUUUCACCACACGUUCUGAUAUUGGCCCUGCUCGAGAAGCAACAGAUGUAUCUGAUGAACGCCACAUGGCACCGUCUAAAAGGAAGAAAGAACAGGAAAAGGAGGAUGAACCGGAAGAAGAUUAUAAUGAAUCAAACUAUGAUGAAUUUACUGGUUAUGGUGGCAGUAUUUGUUCCAAAGAUCCUUACGAAAAAGACGACGAGGAAGCCGAUGAAAUUUACAAAUCUAUUGACGAACGUAUGGACGAGCGUCGUAAAACUUAUCGUGAGAAGCGUGAAGCUGCGGAAAUUGAACGCUAUCGUCGUGAACGGCCAAAAAUUCAACAGCAAUUCGUUGACCUCAAACGCGAAUUGGCUUCUGUCUCCGAAAGUGAAUGGCUCAAUCUCCCAGAAGUUGGUGACUCACGUAAUAAACGUCAGCGAAAUCCUCGCCCUGAAGUGUUCACUCCUGUUCCCGAUAGUAUUAUUGCCAAGGGACUACAAGAUUCUCAAAUGAAUACGAAACUAGAUUCCGCAGAACAGCUUCUUGGUGGAUUGACCACACCCUUCGGUGCUCAGACCUCCACAGGGGACAUUGACAUGAAGAAAAUCGGUCAAGCCCGUACCUCUUUAAUGGACAUCAAACUCAAUCAGGUCUCUGACAGUGUGUCGGGCCAGACUGUGGUGGAUCCAAAAGGUUAUCUCACCGAUCUCCAAUCCAUGAUUCCCCAAUGCGCUGGAGAUAUAAAUGAUAUGAAGAAGGCUCGUCUUUUGCUUAAAUCAGUCCGAGAAACCAAUCCCAAGCAUCCUCCUGGUUGGAUAGCUUCUGCACGCUUUGAAGAGAUUGCGGGCAAACUGCAGGUGGCUCGUAAUCUGAUUAUGAGGGGUUGUGAGAAGUGCCCCAAGUCAGAAGAUGUUUGGCUGGAAGCGGCUCGUCUCUGUCCUCCAGAUCAGGCCAAAUCAAUUGUUGCCCAGGCUAUUACUCAUCUUCCACAGUCUGUGCGCAUUUGGGUGAAGGCUGCUGAAAUUGAAACGGAAGUCAAGGCUAAACGUACUGUGUUCAAAAAGGCUCUAGAGAACGUUCCCAACUCCGUGCGUUUGUGGAAACUAGCUGUAGAAUUGGAGGAGGAGGAGGACGCACGAGUAAUGCUAGCCCUUGCCGUAGAAUGCUGUCCAACCUCCGCGGAGUUAUGGCUCGCCCUCUCUCGCCUUGAAACCUACGAACAAGCACGGGUGGUACUUAAUAAGGCUCACGAAGCCAUUCCUACCGAGCGUCAAAUCUGGUUCGCUGCUGCCCGACUAGAGGAGGCUAAUGAUCAGAAGGAAAGGGUGGGUAGAAUCAUUGAUGCUGGGGUGCAGUCUCUCAAGGCAAACAUGGUGGAAAUAAACAGAGAGGAAUGGAUUAAAGAGGCAGAGGAGUGUGAAAAGGCCAACUCAAUUCUUACUGCUCAGGCUAUCAUGUAA